AUGUACAUGAGAUUAGUAGAAGAGACAAGAAACACAACUGUCGUUGAAAUCGCGGUCGCAAAAAAGGAAGAAGGCAAGAGAAAGUGUAAUAUACAGAAAUUGCCCUGUUUAUUUGCAGUUGCAAUUUUUCUUGGAGCAUGGAAUUGCGCGUCGAUACUUUUCGGUCAGGUUGAUUGCUUAAUUAGCGGUAUGUGGCAAAUGAUAGCUGGUUUUCUGGUUGUAAUAAUCGAAGCGCCUUGCUGCUGUUUGUUCAUCGACUUUGUACUGAAUUUAAGCGAUUGGGUGGAGAAGAAACCGUAUUGGAAUAGAGCGGCUGUAUAUUGUUUAAUAGCAUUACCAGCAGUCUUCCUAUGUCCAGGAAUGAGUAGUAUAUUUGGCAGUGGUUUAAUAUUUACAACGGGUAUAAUAUAUGGAUUGAUGUCUUUGGGCAAAAAGGCACCUUUUGGCGAAAUGAGAACAGCAGCAACGGAUGUUCAAGCUCCAUCAUCGAGCAUGCGGUCCACACUAGUUGAAAAUACUCAGCCAAUCGGUGUUAGCAGUACUCCAGCUAGUAUUGUUUGAUCAUUAGGAAUUAAUUGGGUGAGCAAUCUAAUUUUGUUUUUUUUUUUGUUUUGUACGAAUGAUCGUAAGUGAUAUAAUUAAUCGUUUAAAUGAUCAGUAGCUUAAAUAAGUAAAUGAGCGUACACGCUUCGUUUUACCUCAGCUCCAUCAUUGAUAUAAAUUUGUGAUCGAAGUGUCCUACCAGUAGCUUCGCAAGACAUUUAUCACCCUUGGGACAAAGUUGAAUACAAAUUGUGUCGCAGAUAUAUAAACGUGUUAGAAUUUGAAAAAUCUAGAAAGAAAUUUCUUGGACUUUAACACUUAAUGGAAUUCUUCUAUUUUUAAUCUGUUCUUAUUUGAACGUGCAAAAUACACGGGUAAGAAUUGUAUAUGCUUGUUACACUUUAUGUUUGUAUGAAAUGUGUAUGUAAAAUGAAGUGGGAUAUAUUACGAAGACAGUAUAGAAAAAGGAUUUGUUGCUUCAUUUUAAUAAUGCCAAAGUCAAAGACUGUCAUAGAAAAUGAUGUUGUUCUAUGUGGGCCUAGCUAUCCGUAGGCCCAUUUGUCCAUUGUAUGUCAUGAAAUGUUAACAAAACGGAACAGUAGAAAAUUGUAGAUGAUGCAAUUUGUUUGAACGUAUAUAAUAUUAAAGCGAUUUAUUUUGCAAGCAAAUUAGUUAAGUAACUCAACAAGUGGAAACUGAACAAUACUUCCGCGAUAGUUUCGCAUUUCAAUUGUAAAACGCAUUGCUUUCAGAAUAUUAUGUUAAGAAUCGAGAAAAGUCAUAAUAUAUUAGUUUGAUAUUUCUUUUAUGUAUAAAUAGAUAAGCUUCUCUCUGCCAAAAUAAACUGUACAUGCAUAAAAUUUAAAUGUGUUUUGAAACAGCGCUAUUUGUACGGUAUUAUAAUUUUUAUUACAGUACUGUAAACUCGAUUACUGUACAAAACAUAAUGAUGAAGCCUUGAAUACGUACGCAGAGUAAGUUAAUUACGCCAACGUUUAUAUUUUCGCUUUUAAUCUAAGAAUUUGAUAGAUGAAAUAUUCAAUUUAAUUUUUCUUUACUGCAUACGUAUUAGAACGUAUUUUAUUUUAUGCAGUUUAAAAAGUGUAUUUUAAUAUAAUGCAUUUAUAUUAAAGAAAGCCCGUAUGUAUUGAUAAGUUAACCAAUUAUCUUAUCGUGCGAUAUGGCAGAGGGAUAUAAUAAUCUCUAUUAGUGUUACGCGUCAUGUAUCAGACGAAUUUUGUAUACCUAAUCACAAAUAUAUUGCAUACAUACAGGUUGUGUCAUUUCUAUUGUAUUUAAUAAGAAAGUUGAGUUGAGAAAAAAAGUCGUUUUCUUUAAAAAAAAACAAAAAACAAGUAGGUUCUAAGAAUAGCUAUAUAAUUACGUGACACAUAUCUUGUAUAUAUGCAUAUAUUCUUUCCAGAUGAUUGCAUUUCUAAUAGUUCAUUUCAAAUGAUUGAAAAUAUAAAUUUUGUAAAUAUGAUUUUAAACUAAAUGAAAAUGUUAGAGAUUGUGAACUGGGCACUUAGGGCACUUAGUCGCAUGUCCGAUACUGUUCUGCUUAUGUUCUGAAUAUGUUUUCUAAAUUACUGACAUUAGAUGUGCCAAAAGUGCUCAUUUAUCAUCAAUAGUCAUUCCGCAUUAGCUAACAUUUUUAUUUGUAAUAUUUGUGCCGAUAUCAUAUACCUAAAUUUUUUCGAUAUCGUAUACAUUUCUUUUGUAUUCUAAAUAUUUGAAUUUAUAUUACAAAUGUUUUCUCCUUGUCCCAUACAUUCCUAUAUGUUACUUAAUUUAUUUAAGACAAAACCAUGUAAGAUGUUGUAUUAUCGUCUAGUUUUUACUUGAUGAAAUAAUUUAUAUUUAGAAAAAUGAUUGCUCAUAAUAAAAUAAAUUCUUGUGAUUGAUGCAGUCAUGUGUGGACGCAACCGAGAAAUAUCGAUAACUCGAAUGUAUGUGUCUGCAGCGUGUGACAUUUAAUUAUACAAGAUAUCCCACUUCUAUAGAAGAAACUGUUAAAAUGAUAGGUCUUUUAAAUAAAUGAAGGACCUAAUAUUAACAAUAAAAUGUCAAUAGCUUUUAAAUUAUAAGCAAAUGAAAUUAAAUUUUUUCCUGAUUAAGCUGUUGGAAAGAUAAGGCAAUUUUAGUCUUUAUUUAAUUUCAAGUAAAUUCUCGUUAGAAAGAAUUUGUCGAUAUUUGUUAAAGAUUCUGUCAUUAUAAUAAUUUAUCUCACAAAAGUGGAAUAUCCUGUGUAUAUGCUACGUAUAUAAAUUUGCUGAGUAUUUUUGACUUAAAUUCUCAAGAUUAAUCAGCAUAUAUUAGAAUAAUCUCUCUCGAAUGUAAUCCUCGCAAUUAAUGAAUAUAAUAUAGUGAAGAGUAAAAAUAUUUCAGCUCUGAUGUAAUGAGUCAAAAUUUAUCUUGCACUAAAUUUUUUUUCUAUAAGUCUUGCCUUCUCUUCCAGUAAUUCGUCCGACAAUUGACCGCUAAAGUAAAGAGAGAAAAAACUUGGUGCAAAUGCAGUUUAACUACAUUACAUUCAAGCAGGAUAAACUUUUUGCUCUCCAUUAUAUAUAUAAAAAUUGAAGGAUAUAUGUGAUUAUUAUUCUCUUAGUAAUUCUGCAGUUGCUAUAUUUGCUGAGAAAAAUUAAUAAUUAUAUUCUUUAAGUAAAUAUAGCUCAUUUAAGAUAUAGAAAACAAUGUUCUCUAUGCGAGUAAAAAUUUAAGAUAUUGCAUAGUAA